AUGCACUACUCGUCCUCCUCUUCAAACGGCUCGUCGAGAUCUGGCUCCCCAGACACUCGUGCGACCACCCCGCCUGCGUCCUCAGAAUGCUGCGACUCGCAUCUCCCUGCGAGCUACGUCCGCAUUCUGGCUUCCUUGCCCUCCAGUUCAACACUGGAGGCGCUCUUUGAGAAGCAUGCGUCCUGUGGACGCUUGGGACUUGUUAUCGACGACGAUGCGCAAUUUGCGACCGACGUCGGUCAGGAGGAAUGGACCAAGGUCGCCGACCCUGUAGAGCACUUUGUGUCCAAGUCGUACGCACCCACCGGAUCUCAACCUAUUUUGGCUACUGACCCCAUUCAAGCCGGCCACUUGCAUCUCUUCUCCCUUGCCUCUCUUCGUUCUGUCUUCUCAAUCUCGCUCAAUGCCCACAGCACCCUCCACGUCCUCGAGAAGCCUGCCUUUUCCUAUUUACCUCUCACCUAUACCACCGCCCGCAGUCUCGCGCCGUCUGCCGAUGGCAAGUCGGGCAACAUACCCUCCGUCGACGACUGGAAAACCCUCUGGGCCAACUGGGAUCUCAUCACCCUCAAGAUGAUCCCUCCGUCGAUGCUGCACCAGAAACCCAUCGACUUGCGCCACAAGUGUCUUUUCUACAUUGGACAUAUCCCAACGUUCUUGGACAUGCUCAUCUCCAAGUCCAUUGGAGGAGAGGCUACAGAGCCGAAGUGGUUCUGGAAAAUCUUCGAGAGAGGUAUCGACCCACACGUCGAUGAUCCGAACCACUGCCACAACCACUCCGAGGUCCCAGAGAAGGACGAAGACUGGCCAACGCUCGAGUCGAUCAUGAGCUUCCGGGACGGCGUCCGCCGGCGCCUCCUGGCGCUGUACGACGACCUCGCGAGCGGCCGCCGUGUCCUCACGCGGAACAUCGCGCGCACGCUCGUCAUGACGCAUGAGCACGAGGGGUGGCAUAUCGAGACCCUCCUGUACAUGCUCAUCCAACGCGCGGGCAGCGGCACCCUCCCGCCUCCAGGGUUCACAGUACCGCCCUGGUCCGCCCUCGCCGACCAGUGGGCCCUCACACCUCCGCCCUCCACCCCAACCGUGCUCUUCCCCGCGCAGACGCUCGUCAUGGGCCACGACGACUCCGAGGCGGACGAUGGGAAGGAUGACGCUUCCGUUCCUCAGCAGCAAAGGGAGGAUGUGCGUGGGAGGACGUUCGGAUGGGAUAAUGAGAGCCCGAGGAGGGAGGUGCAGGUGGGGAGUUUUAGGGCGGAGUGGAGGCCGGUGACGAAUGGGGAGUUUGAGCUGUUUUGGAGGGAGCAGGAGGGGAAGGUGGGGUUCCCACCGAGCUGGGUGCAGGAGGAUGGGGCGGUCAAGGUGCGCACAAUGUACGGCCUCGUCCCGAUGCAUAUCGCCGAGCACUGGCCUGUGCUGACCGCGUACGACGACCUUGCGGCGUAUGCCCGCGCCAAAGGCGGCCGUCUCCCGACGGAGCCUGAGCUCCGCCUCUUCUUGGACUUGUACGAUGUCGGCCACGAGGGCGGUGCGAAUGUGGGCUUCAGGCACUGGCAUCCUGUUCCAGCGACGAUGGGCCUCGACAAGUGUGGCGGCAAGGGCACGAACGGCGGCGUCUGGGAGUGGACCUCGACUUUGUUCGACACCCAUGACGGGAUCGUACCAACCAAGCUCUUCACUGGCUACUCGGUCGACUUCUUCGACACUAAGCACCAUGUCGCUCUUGGCGCCUCGUAUGCUACCAUCCCUCGUCUUGCUGGCCGCCGCACCGUCAGGAAUUUCUACCAGCACAACUACCCAUAUCCUUGGAUCGGUGCCCGAGUCGUCUAUGAUGUCUGA